AUGACCGCGCCCGGCCCACCAGCUGCUGCACCAAAGCGGCCCAAAGCUCUCCUCUUCGACAUUGGCGGCGUUUGCGUCGUCUCCCCCUUCCAGGCCAUCCUCGACCACGAGCGCGCGCAUGGCAUCCCCGUCGGCUGGAUCAACGCGGCCAUUUCCGCCGCGGCGCCGGCGGGCGCGUGGCAGCGCGUCGAGCGCGGCGAGGCCGCCCUGGACGACGCCUUCUUCGCCGAGUUCGCGGCGGACCUGGCGGCGCCGGCGGCGUGGGGCGCGUUUUGGGCGAAGAGGGGGGUGACGUCUUCGUCGUCGCAGCUGCCGCUACCGCCGCCGCCGCCGCCACCGCCGAAGGUCGAUGCCAAGAAGUUGUUUUGGGAGAUGAUGCGCGUGAGUAGGGCGCCGGAUCGGUGGAUGUGGCCGGCGGUGAGGGAGCUGGGGAGGGUGGCGGCGAAGGGGGAGGAGGAGGGAGGGGGGUUCGUGCUCGGGGCGUUGAGCAAUACGGUUGUGUUUCCGGAGGGGGUGGUGGAUGAGAAGGGGGCGGUGUUUGAGAGCGGGUUGAGGGUGGAGGGGCCGGGUGGGAAGGUCGAGGUGGGCGAUGUGACGGCGGCGUUUGACGUCUUCAUCAGCUCGGCGCACGUCGGGCUGAGGAAGCCGGAUCGGAGGAUCUAUGAGAUGGCGGUGAGGUUGUUGGAUGAGGAGGCGAGGAGGAGGGGCGUCGAGGGCGGCGUGGGGGCCGGCGAUGUGCUGUUUCUGGACGACAUUGGGCAGAAUCUGAAGGCUGCCAAAGAGAUGGGGAUGAGGACGUUGAAAGUCGAUCUGGGGAAGAGCUUGAAGGCAGUGAGGGAGUUGGAAGAGAUCAUGGGGCUGAGCUUGCUGGCAGAGGAGGUGGCUGGCGAGAAAGCCAGGUUGUAG